AUGCCGCUACACCGCAGAAUAAUACCAGAAGAAGAAAAAUACAGGAAGUAAGUUCCACACAAUCUUAAUGAGAUAUUUACAAAUUAAACGCAUUACUUUUGAGCAUAUGCCUUGUUCGUAACAUCCAGAGUAAAUGUUUUUAAUUCCUAUGUUAGCUCCAGCAUAUUUUUAAAAGCGUUUUAACGAUUAGAGCGAGAGAACAGGAAACUUCCCCGCCUACUAUCAUCAGCUGACUUUGUCUGCAAACAGAGCCGUCCUGCUGUGGUCCCGCAGCUCUCUCCACGAUCAUGGAGGAACACGACGACAGCGAUAUCAUAGAGCACCACGUCGAAGAGGAGAUGGAGAAGAGAGCUGCGUUCAUGGAGAGUCCGUCCGGCGAGAGAGAGGGUCACUGCAGCACUCAGUCCUCCCACAGACUUCUGGCCUACAGCGACGCCCUCAUCUCCAUCAUCGCCACGGUCAUGAUAUUACCUGUUGCCCACACCAAAGUGGAAGACAAUGAGGAGUUGAGGCAAAGCGUUCAGCUUUUGCUGACGACAAAGAUCGCCGUUUACUUAAUGACCUUCCUCAUUGUGACAGUUGCAUGGGCUGCUCACAUUAGGUUGUUUCAAGUGAUCGUGCGCAUUGAUGACUGUCUUGCACUGUUAAACCUUGCCUGUAUGAUGCUGAUAACUUUUCUGCCAUACACUUUUUCUUUAAUGGCCACCUUUCCUGACAACAUCCUCGGGAUUUUACUCUUCUGUGGUUGUGUGAUGGUGAUCGGAGUCAUUCAGUCAGUGAUCGUGUUGUACGCCUUCAGCCGGCCUUUCCUGCUGAACGAACAGAUCCAGAUCUCUGAAAACCAAGUCUACUAUAAAUGCCACAUCCUCAAAGUAAUCAUGAGGGUUCCCAUCAUGUGCUUCUUCGCCAGCAUCUUCUCCUUCAUCUUCUUCCAGCUGUCUUACGUCAUCUUGGCCAUUGUCAUCUUCCUGCCGUACAUCUCCCAGUGCAUCAAGUGGUGUCGCAGUAAAGCGAUCGGUCAGGUGGAGGAGACUCCAGACUCCUUGUUGUUUUACACCUACCUCCCUAAUGAACCCCUCAGCAAAGAUCGGGUGGAGGCGUUCAGCGAUGGUGUUUAUGCCAUCGUAGCAACUCUUCUCAUUCUGGACAUAUGUGAGGACAAUGUUCCAGACCCGACGYUGGUGCAGAAGCAGUUUGGCGGGAGCCUGAUAGCGGCUCUGCAGGGCUACGGCCCGGAGUAUCUCGCCUACUUCGGUUCCUUUGCCACCGUGGGCCUCCUCUGGUUUGUCCACCACUCGCUCUUCCUCCACGUGACGAAGACGACCCGCUUCAUGGGCUUGCUGAACACCUUCUCUCUGGCGUUUGUCGGAGGUUUGCCUUUGGCCUACCAGCUGACGCACGAGUUCCCGCGCGACUCGCAGAACGAGCUGGAAGCCAUCCAGAUCAGCUGCGUGAUCGUUUUCUUCGCUGGAAUUUUUCAGCUCACCAUUUGGGUGGCGGCUCUUUACAAUGAGCGGGAAACCCUGCACCCGUACGUGCGCUACGGUGGACAGGAGCACGUAUUUAUGCUGGCCAAGCUCYCGCUUUACCCCUGCGUCGCUUUGGGAACGUUUUUCCUGACCUGCGUUUUGAGUAAAUUCAGCGCCCCCAUCUUCCACUUGAUGGAAAUUACGGUGCCUUUCGCUUUUCUCGUGCUGAGGCUUUUAGUGCGCGUUGGGCUGGCGCUGCUGCGGUUCAUUUUCUGUCCUAACCGAGCUGAUCCGAGAACUGUCGUGGAGGAGGAAGUAACUGAAUCGAGUGUGCCUUUUAAUGCUCUAAUCACCUAAACGUGUCAGAGAACCAACAGAGCUGUGGGGCGACGCUGCUGAAAGGCUUGGCCACCGUAAGAGUUAUCGRUUCAGCCUCUCGUCAGCAUCCAGACCAGGGGCGGUUCUAGGGGCGGGGCCACAGGAGCAUUGGCCCCAGCUGAAAUCUGAUUGGCUCCAUGAAGUGCACCUGCCCUGUCACUCAUCUGUGCUUUGCCUGAGAAUGGUGAUGGUGGUUGCAGUUCCAUGUCCAAACACUAGUAGCGCUAAUGAGUCAAACAGGAAAGUCCAGCAUGAAUCAAUUUUACAGAAUUCUUCUCUUCUUAAAAAAAUCUAAACAAUCUUGCAGAAUAAGUCUUUCAACUGACAAAUGAUGGCUGGGUUUUCUCAUAUGCUGUGUAUUUGAAAGUAUUUUAUCUACUUACAGUAAAAACACAUGUAAAAUUGCCAAGGAUAAUUUACUGUUCAAGCUUUAACAUUAAAUUACAUUACAUUACAAGUGCUUGAAUAUGUGACUGGUAAAAUGUAUACACCUUACCAAAACCAGUGAUUUGAGUGCUAGGAUGUUGAACAAAUACUUGGCCCCUCUAUGAAUAUUGUGGCCCCUUGAUGGCCCCUUACUCAGAAAAAUCCUAGAUCUGCCACUGAUCCAGACGAAAAGGGAAUAACUCGUUUUUCAGCAAUUAUCUGUUCAAAUUUGAGCUUAAAAUCAGCGCAAAUGAGAUUAAACCCAACCACCUGUGCUGAAGGUGAAAGAUGGAUCCGGUAAAGGUGAAAAAAAAAUCCCACUAGUUGAUAAACUGAUAGAGUACCAAAGCUGUAAGACAUGUCUCAACCAAUGCUAGUCUGAUUAGCAAAACAAAGAGGUUUGUAUGACAAUCAGGCCCUUGUAUUAAUAGUUGCUUUCUUUUUUUAAACUCACAGAACAGACUGUUUAUUUAUCCUCCWGUCAUCCAGAGAGUUUUUUUAAUUUGACGUGUAGAUCCAUCUUAAUGUGGUUUUCAAAAAUCAGAGGUGCYUUUGAGCACCUUGAACUGAGCACAUAUGACCCUACAAUUCUGUAUUUGCACUGUUGUCUUACCAAACCUGUGCAAUACUGAUGAGAAUACACUCUAACCAUCCGUGUUUUACUUUUUUUAACACACAAAAACAUAAAUCAAAACCAAAUGUAAUGACUUAUAAAUCUGAAACUCUAUAUUUAAAAAAAAACUCAAAAACAUAUCCGCCAUCUGAGGUAGUGUCAGGAAAACGAUGUUACUAACAAUAAAUUAAAAAAAAAGUCAAAAGAAGAGGCAGGAGAAAGUUUAGUUGUGUUGCAUCAACACUGGCCAUUUAACUGCAAAAUGAUUAACUUUUUAUCCGCGCAGCCCAGGUGUGUCCUUUGUUUUUUGUUUGCUUCCUAAUGCACUACAUGAAAUAACUUUUUUAAUGAAUGGUAGCUUUGAAUUUGAAGUCGGUCAGUUUGACGCCAGGACUCCUAGGAAUCACAGUGAAUGCACUUUGGGGUGUUAGCAGAGCAGGGUCACGGUUCUUAGUGUUAAAUUGUGUUGAAAUACUGAACUGGUCUGUAAGGUAUAUUAUGCUAUAACAAGCAGACUUACUGUGUUAGUUUGACUCAAAGUGGAUUCAUGUCUAAUGUGCACUUUAACUAAUUCCUGCUGAUUAUCCAUCCACAUGAUAGUGAGGUUUAUUAGGAAAAAUACAAAUAAACCCAGCUGGCAGCAAAUGUGAAUAUUUUGUUUUAGAUAUUUUGUGUGUGUGUGUGAUUGUC